GCGUUUUGCAUGAAGAUGGCGGCUCCCACCGCCAGCAAGGCAGCCUCCCUGGGCUGCAACAACAAGCCUGCCUUCCCGGAGCUGGAUUUCAGGUCUGGAGCUCGGGUGGAGGAACUGAACAAACUCAUCCAGGAAUUCACCAGGCACGACCAGCGAGAAUACGACGACCAGAGAGCGUUGGAGAUCCACACUGCCAAGGAUUUCAUCUUUUCCAUGCUGGGCAUGGUGCAAAAGCUAGAUCAGAAACUUCCGGUGGCUAACGAGUAUCUGUUGCUCUCCGGAGGAGUCCGAGAAGGUGUGGUGGACCUGGACCUAGAUGAGCUAAAUGUCUAUGCCCGGGGCACCGACUAUGACAUGGACUUCACUCUUCUGGUGCCCGCCCUGAAGCUGCAUGACCGCAAUCAGCCUGUGACAUUGGAUAUGCGCCACUCAGCCCUGUGCCACUCCUGGCUGAGCCUCCGGCUCUUUGAUGAGGGGACAAUCAGUAAGUGGAAGGAUUGCUGCACGAUAGCAGAUCACAUCAACGGUGCCACCAACUACUUCUUCUCUCCCACCAAAGUGGCGGACUGGUUCUACGACUCCAUCAGCAUCGUCCUGUCAGAGAUCCAGAAGAAACCCCAGAGAGGGAUGCCAAAGGUGGAAAAGGUAGAGAAAAACGGGACCAUCAUCUCCAUCAUUCUGGGCGUGGGGAGCAGCCGCAUGUUGUACGAUAUUGUCCCCGUGGUGUCCUUCAAAGGCUGGCCCGCCGUGGCCCAGAGCUGGCUCAUGGAGAACCACUUUUGGGAUGGGAAGAUCACUGAGGAAGAGGUCAUCAGUGGCUUUUACUUGGUGCCAGCCUGCUCCUACAAGGGCAAGAAGGACAAUGAGUGGCGACUGUCCUUUGCCAGGAGCGAGGUGCAGUUGAAAAAGUGCAUCUCGGGCAGCCUCAUGCAGGCCUACCAGGCCUGCAAAGCCAUCAUCAUCAAACUCCUGUCGAGGCCCAAGGCCAUCAGCCCCUAUCACCUGCGGAGCAUGAUGCUCUGGGCCUGCGACCGGCUCCCCGCCAGCUACUUGGCUCAAGAAGACUACGCGGCCCACUUUUUGCUGGGCCUCAUUGACGACCUGCAGCACUGUCUGGUCAACAAGAUGUGCCCUAAUUAUUUCAUCCCGCAGUGCAACAUGCUGGAGCACCUGUCGGAGGAGACGGUCAUGCUCCACGCCCGGAAGCUGUCCUCCGUUCGCUCCGACCCGGCAGAGCACCUGCGCACCGCCAUCGAGCACGUGAAGGCAGCCAACCGGCUGACGCUGAAGCUGCAGCGUCGAGGCAGCACCACCAGCAUCCCCUCCCCGCAGUCCGAUGGAGGGGACCCCAACCAGCCUGAUGACCGCCUGGCCAAAAAACUGCAGCAGCUAGUGACUGAGAAUCCAGGGAAGUCCAUCUCAGUCUUUAUUAACCCCGACGACGUCACGAGGCCCCAUUUCAGAAUCGACGAUAAAUUUUUCUGAGUGUUUUGUUGACUCCCCCACCCCCACCCCCCUCGGUUCUAAAAACUUCUGUACCGUGUAGCGUGGUUUGUGAUUCUGUCGUUCUGUUUUUACAUAUCCAGCUUACAUUGGAUUUGGUAAGAACACAUUUUAAGUUUCCUGGUUCUGCAGGAUGGUGCAGGCUCUGAAACAGUAUUAUUACUAUUUCAUAUUCUGCCUGACUUUGCUAUUUGUUUUCUAGUUAUUGUAUAUGUGUGUGUGUAUGUGUGUGUGUUCAAUGGUAUUCAUUUUUAAGGAGAACUUGAGCCAUAGAUGACACUGCCCAUGAAUCUGUCUCGCACUCAAUGUAGAUUUGUUGGUAUGUUUAGGGAAACACAUUUCAUUCUGACAUAUUUGAACAUACACUCCUUGGCUUUCGUUCUUUUUUUUUUUUUUUUUUACCUUGUUCUUCUGAGUGUUCACUGAGAAAGAUAGCUGAGAAUCCUAAGAACCUAGGGGCCCUGUAAAAGCUGGCUGCGUUUAUUUCUUUGCACCAGCAGUCAGAAAAAGUUUCCCCCUUUCCACCAGACAGAAACUUCAAGAGAGGAUGAUGCACACUAUUUCCGAGCAACCUCAUUGAAUGUAAUUGUCCUCGAAUCAGCAAACAUUGGGUGGCUUGGAGGGAGGGUUUGAUAGCUUUCCAAACAGAAUUAAGGUUUCCAAAUGUUAGUUUUAGUGUUUGUGAUUAUUUGAAGCCUUAUUUAAAUCCUAUUAAGGAGCACACCAUUCUAACUGUUAUUUGCACUAAUGAAGUCUUUGCCAUUGUCAUAGCUGCGAUGUGUGUUUCCAUAUACAUUAACAUCCUUUCUGGAAAAUGCCAUCGCUUUUCAUUUAGUUUUCUCAGUCAAUAGAGUCUGCAUUUGUCUAGUUCUCCUCUAAUUGUCGGUCUCAUUUUGCCCUCUUUGACAGUUCUGGUUCCUGCCUUACUGAGGGAGUCCUGAAAGCUUUAUACCUGUUCACUGACCGUCGUAAGCUAGGGGAGAUAAUACUUGAUAAAGUGGGUAUCUUUGUAUUUAUUUCCUUGGGGGUUCUAGAGAGUCUUCUUUUCCCCUUUCCUUUUAUAAAGUUUCCUUACCUUCUCCCGACAUCUUGAGGGAAACUGACUGGUAGAAUUAUCCCCAAAUUGAAGAUACCAUGCCUGUUCAAAGCAGGUUUCACUGUAGAGCAGGAACCAGGAAAUACCUAGGUGGCUGUAUUGGAAUAAAGGAAUCCUAUUUUCUGACUGAAACUAUUUCCCAGAUUUAGGUGCUGUGGGGCGUUAGCCCAUGUUUUGGGGUGAACUCAAGGUAAACUGUGGUGCUUGAGUCCUGGACGGGCCUGCUGAUCUAGAUGACACUGAUGAUAUCCACUAGUGGAAAAGACAAGCAACGUGUUGGUUUUGGGUUUGAAAGUCCAGACUCUUAGGUUGAGUUUUGGCCAAGUGGAAUCAGGCAUAUGUGGUCUUGGAGUUUUGCAUGGGAAUUAAUGUGAUGCUUAUAAAUCAUUCAACAAUCUCAAGUCAAACACAAAAAUAAAAAAACAUACUGGCCUUGGAA